GCUAUAAAAACUGGAUGCACCAAUUUGUUGAAUUCACUCUUGAAGGGUUAGAUAUGUGCAUUUGUGAACCGGAAAUGCUGUACUGUUUGUUGGAUUUUCUUUGUAUUAGUGAUUUAUGUUUACUUGAUACAUUUGUUGAUUUAUGUUAACUGUUUGCUCUAUAUGGUUUGGUUCACGCUUUAAUUCCAUGAAUUUAAGUUUUGUGCUACUGUAACUAAUUUGAGCUGGGUUUUACUUUACUUUGUAGGCUUUUGUUAAAGCCCAAAAGGGUAAAGCUUACUUCAAGAGGUACCAAGUUCAGUUUAAGAGGAGGAGAGGUAAAUAGGUUUCUACCUUGCUUUUGCUUGACCAGGAAUUUAGUCAUAUAGUGAUGAAAUGAUUUGUCAUUUUUGUAACUUUUCAGAGGGAAAGACGGACUACCGAGCAAGGGUGCGCCUGAUCAAUCAGGACAAAAAUAAGUACAACACUCCAAAAUAUCGAUUCGUUGUGAGAUUUGUAUCCUUCUUUACUGUGCUGCCAGGUGAACUCAAAUGUUCUGGUUGCUUAGUACUGGUCAUAUUUCUUUUCCCUGUCCUAGAAUUUCCUCCUUUUGUUUUUAUUAAACUGGUCCUGUAUAGUUAUGCGGGGUUUCGAUUAGUAGGUUUUGGCAUUGUUCAUGGUCCCCUGCAUGUUUCUAAAGUUUUAUAUUUCUGAGUCAAGUAGAACCUAGUUGACAAGAGUUAACAGUGUUAUGCUGAUACUGGCUUUGUCUUAGAAGUCGGAUUGCUGCAAUGAAUUUUUGGUUGGGUUUCUUUUUACCUAGAACUUUUAUGACGUGGUAUUUGGAGUUCUAUUAUGCUAUUUGAGUUCCUUAAUGCCACCUUCAGACCAAGAAGGAUAUAAUUGCCCAGAUUGUUUCUGCCAGCAUUGCUGGUGACAUGGUGAUGGCAGCUGCUUAUGCCCAUGAAUUGCCUCAUUAUGGUCUUGAAGUGGGUCUCACCAAUUAUGCUGCUGCCUACUGCACUGGACUUCUUCUUGCUCGCCGAGUUCUGAAAAAGCUGGAAAUGGAUCAGGAGUAUGAAGGAAAUGUUGAGGCUACUGGUGAAGAUUACUCUGUUGAACCAGCUGAGAGCAGGAGGCCUUUCCGUGCACUUUUAGAUGUUGGUCUUAUCCGAACUACAACUGGGAAUCGUGUUUUUGGUUCCUUGAAGGGGGCACUUGAUGGUGGCCUUGACAUUCCCCACAGUGAAAAGAGGUUUGCCGGAUAUGGCAAAGAUAGUAAGGAACUUGACACGGAGACUCACCGCAAAUACAUCUAUGGUGGCCAUGUUGCUGCAUACAUGAGGACUCUGGCAGAAGAUGAGCCUGAGAGGUUCCAAUCCCAUUUUAGUGAAUAUAUCAAGAAGGGUAUUGAGGCGGAUGACCUUGAAGGAUUGUACAAGAAGGUUCAUGCAGCGAUCCGUGCUGAUCCAACUCCAAAGAAAUCUGAGAAGCAGCCUCCAAAGGAGCACAAGAGAUACAACCUGAAGAAGCUUACCUACGAGGAGAGGAAGGCUAGGUUGAUAGAGAGGCUCAAUGCAUUGAAUUCUGCUGCUGGAAACAAUGAUGACGAUGACGAUGACGACGAGUGAAUGAUUGGUUUAACUUGGUCUCUUGCUCCGUCAUUGCGUUUCUUUUUGAUUCUGGAUAGAAGAACAUCGCAAAUUUUGGUUUUUUUUUAGAGAAAGGGAACCUGUCAUAGCUUUUGUUGGGCGUAUGAAGGAUGAAAACCUAGUCAUUUGGUCAGUAUGGAUGUUAUCGCUGAAAUUAAAAUUUUAUAAUUUAAGUGUUACCAGUUUUCGCAAUUUGGGGAGGGGUUUAAUUUAUGAUGCAACUGUUACCAAUUUUUGCAAUUUGGGGAGGGGUUCAGUGUGUUUUACCUUGUUCUACAAUUUGGAGUUGCAUUCUCUUGUUGCAACUGGCAUUUUUCUUGCUGUUGAAAUCCAUAAAUCUAGAAUUAUGAUAAGAAUGAUGGUGUCUGAUAUAAUGUUGAAGGUCGGGGAUAUAUGAUUUGGCAAAGGUUUUG